UGAUCGAGAGAGAUUCAGUUUUUACACCUUUUCAGGUCGUUACAAACAAUUAAAUAACACAGAGGUACUGGGAGAACAGUUUGUAGUUUAGAUAUAAACACUGAUUUUAUAUGCACAGUUUGACUGUAAUUAUCCUAAUAGUGAGAGUGUUUUAUUCCGAAGAAAUGCUGGUUCAAGUGGAGUGUAAAGGGAACCCGAAAUGGAUCCGAAUACCAGUGAAAAAUGACUGUUUUGACUUUUGUGAAUUCAUUAAAGAAGCUUCAGCAAAGUUCAACUUGCCACAUGGAGGCAAUGUGGUUCUUAAAGACUCUGCAGGAGUUGAUGUUGAUGCUGAUAUUUUUGAUGAGCUUGUGAGAACAUCUAAGGUGUCCUUCAAAAUUUUGGAUUGUGAUACAGCAGAUAAUGUUCCACAAGCUGAGACUUAUUUCUCUGAUCUGUCGUGCCCCGAGUCUUCAUUUUCAUCAGAAUCAGAAGGUUUCGAUUCCACAAAGAUCCCGCAUUUCCGCAAAAAGCGAUUCUUUGAAGAACCUUCUGAUUGCAAUGCAUCAAGAGAUCUAGUUCAUGCAGCGCUGCACUCAAAACCAGGAGGCUCUGAUGUAUUGAAGGAGUAUGAACAAACAAAGAGUCUGUCUGACAAGACACGAAGAAAGCUGGUAAACAUCCUUGUGGCUGAUAUGGUAGAGACCCAUGGGAGGAUUCCACCAGUCAGUAUCCGUGUAAGCUAUGCUCUUGGAAUAAUUACUCUGUUCCCUAAUUUGAAGGAUAAAUUCUCACCGACUGGUUAUGAACAGUUCUACGAUCCACGCAGUGGCCAGGGUUACAUUGCCUACAGACUGAAAACUGUUCAGCGCAACUCUGUAAAUAACUUGAGGGGAGCAUCAAAGGUUGUUUACCAAGAUGGUCCUAAGACUUUGCGUGAGACCUCCUCAACAACUGAGCAGCUGUCCGGUGAUGAAUGCACAGAAGCUGUAUCCAUGAUGAAGCAUUCAACGGAUGCACAAGUUAUUAAGGAUAAAAUGAAGACAACAUUCAAGUACAGACAGAAUUUGAUGCAUGAUCCAGACAAAUCUUCACUCAUCCUUGACUACUUUCCCCGAUUUUUGGAUACAACAGGCUUGAUUGACCAAGACUUUACUAUGCUUUUUGGAGAUGACAUUUCAAGCAAAUUUAUUGCAAAAUGGCCAACAUUCUACAAGCCAAGAAUAAUUGCUGACUGCAAAAACCUGCAUCAUGGUGCACAUGUGGAUGACCUUUUGUCUGCUCUGGAGGAGUCUGAUUAUGGAUGGGACACUGAUGUGGCUGCUAUUCUCCUGCUCCUUCAUCUCUUGCCUCCAACUGUGAAAGGAAGGAAGACUGGGAAAAUCAGUGCUACAGAAGCAGCUGAUCAUGUUGUAAAGUUCAUGAAGGUGGGGACAAGCAUCAAGGCAUUUCUUGAGCGAGCUGGAUCUACACAGCCCUUCCUCCUUUGUGUUGGAGAAAAGAGGAGUAGCAUUCAGAAGUUUUACGUCAUCCUGGACCAGAAGGCCAUUCCCUGCAUGGUGCAGACAGCUGUUGCAGCCUUUGAUGAACUCUUUAAGGCACACUUUGUCUUUGCUGUAUCGUAUGAUGAGGCCUUGUGCAACUUCUACACGUUCAUUCAAACAACGGUGUAUGGAAUUGAUGUGGGCACUGCCAAGGAAAGUCCAAGGGUCAAGGAAAUCCGUGUGAGAAUUCACAAUACUGAGGUUUGACUCCCUCUUCCCCCCAGCAUCUUGCUCAAAUGUUUUCAUGCUUUUGUUGCAAGGUACACCACAGAAGUUGUUCAAGUUUGUUUCAGCAUCUGAAGUUUCAUCAUGGUUUGUAUCCAGGGCGUUCAUUAAGGUUGAAAUGUGGUGAACAUGGAUGUUCAUCUGUUUUUUAUACGUAUUAUGGGUUCAAGAAACAUAUUUUGGGAGUGCACAGAGACUGUGUAGCCUCAGGUACUGCUGAGAAUGUUGGCAGUUGUAUCAGGGUUCCUGUUUCUGAGACCCUAAGUGAGGAUCUUCCAGUCACUUUUCAGGCUCCUGUUGAAAAUCGGAAACUAACUGAUAUGUGUAGUGCUAUUGUUGCUCAAGUACAAGCAGCUGGAGUCUCUGAAAAUACUGUUCAAUGUUUAGUUGGUUCAAUGGAAGAACUUGUAAGUGAUGUUCACACUCAAGCAAGAGACUCUGUUUUAAAAUGUCUUUCAUUAGAGGUACCUGGGAAAACCCUAGGCAAAGUUAAAGAAUGUUUUCAACAGCUAGAAAAUCCAUUCUCUUACCUUAACACUGAAACAAAGAGGCAGAGACACUUUGAGAGAAAAUGGAAAAUUGUUGAACCGGUAGAAUAUGUUCUUGGCGUGCGCUAUGAUGUGCGCAAAGAUAAAACUACAGGAUUAUACAGUCAAGCUCCUGUCAAUGACAAAUUUGUGUAUGUGCCCAUUUUAGGAACUCUUGAGUCUAUGUUUACGAAUUCUGAACUUUGCCACUUUUUCCAGCAGGUUAAAAGUCAUCAAGAUGGUAUUUACAGAGACAUUAAUGAUGGUUCGUACUCCAAAAAGCAUGUGUUAUUUGGUCAAAAAGAGCAUGCUCUUCAAAUACAGUUAUAUUACGACGACUUCGAAACAGCAAAUCCGCUUGGAUCCAAAAAAGGAAUUCACAAACUUGGCUGUGUUUAUUUUAUUUUAAGAAACUUGCCCCCCAAGAUCAAUUCUGUUUUAAUGAACAUCCAUCUUGUGGCGCUUUUCCAUUCAGAAGACUUAAAAAAAUAUAGCUUUGAACCAAUUUUACAGCCUCUAAUAGAGGAUCUAAAACUUCUGGAGUCAACAGGAAUUAAUGUACCCUUCUCAGAUACUAUGUUACAGGGUUCUGUCAUUCAGGUUACUGGUGACAAUUUAGCUUUACAUGGACUGCUUGGUAUGGUUGAGUCGUUCAGUGCAACCUACUGUUGCCGGUUUUGCUUAACUGACAAAGCAAAGUUGCAGUCAGUAUUUAGUGAAGAUGAUCCAGGUUUGAUCAUUCGAACAAAAGAGCUAUAUUCAGAACAUUGCAGUGCUCUAGCACAAGAUCCCAAUCUUGCACCACUGUUUGGCCUCAAGAGAACUUGUCCGCUCAAUUCACUACAGUUUUUUCAUUCUUCAGAAAAUUUUGCUGUUGACAUUAUGCAUGAUUUACUCGAAGGGGUUGUGCAGUACGAGUUAAAACUGCUUUUUCAGUACUUUGUUAAAGACUGCAUUUCAUCAGAUACACUUUCAGAAAGGAUUCAGAGCUUUAACUAUGGGUACAGUGAAAGAAAGAACAGACCAAGUGGAGUUAAAAUUGAUGAUGGCAGCAAGGACCUUGGUCUCAAUGCUAUUCAGUCAUGGUGCCUUCUGCGCAAUACCCCCUUGAUAUUUGGAGAUCUAGUUGACGUGGACAAUGAUUACUGGAGACUGAUACUGCUUUUGAUUCAGAUUGUGAGCAUCGUAUUCUCACCAGCUGUAACACAGGGUAUGACUUAUUUUUUGAAGCAUUUAAUUUCUGAUCAUCAUAAACUUUUUAAGUCCAUAUUUCCAGAAAAAAGAUUGAUUCCGAAGCACCAUCUAAUGAUCCAUUAUCCUAGAUGUAUUAGGAAAAUAGGUCCACUUAUACAUAUGUGGUGCAUGCGAUUCGAAGGAAAGCAUAAUUUUUUUAAGAAGUCUGUGAAAAACUUUAAAAACAUAACCAAAACAUUAGCAAAGAAACAUCAACAUCAGUUGGCUUUUCAUUGGGAGAGUUUUUAUUUUAAAAGAUUUCAGUUUGGUCCUUUUAAUGAAGUCUCUACUUGCACUCUGGAGGGUAAUGAGCUUUUAACUGAAACUUGGAAUGUACCCACUGUCUCCACUACAACCUGGGUAAAAAAUUAUGGAACUGAAUACCAAGUUGGAAUGUUUGUUUGCUCUUCUGUUGAAAAUGAAAUGCCUGUUUUUAAUAGGAUUAGCAGUAUUAUUGUAAAAGACGGACAAGCUUUUCUUUUGGCCAGUAAUGUAAUUACAGUGUGUUUCGAUGAGCAUGUGCAUGCAUUCUGUAUUGAGGAGGUGGGUAAUAUUUUCACUCUCAUUUGUGUGGAUGAUUUGAUGUACUAUAGACCUUAUGACAGGCAGUUUUCAUAUGACCGUGAUGAGAGAACUUACAUUGUUCCCUGUUGUGUUUUUGUUUCAAAUUGGAAUUAACUGUAAAGGUUUUUAAAUGCUGUGACUGAAUGUUAAAUGUGGUGUACCUUUAAUAAAGUUUUUGCAAUCUUU